AAGGCGGCUGACUAAGAGAGCGACGGCGUCGGGAAGCCUCGCUAGACGCCAUCUUGGAAAGCGGGUGGCGGCGAGCUGUCUCUCCCGUGGAGCGGCGGAUCUUGCGGCCCACAGCGCGCUUCACCUCAGGCCGUGGCGCAGAAAACCGGCCUCCGCUUGUAGCGACCGCGGCGGGCGAAGCUGAAGCCGGGAGAGCUGCUCGCUCUCCUGCCUAGGCUGAGAGGGGAAGGAAGGAAAGGAGGGGGUGGUUGUUGGGCAAGGGGAGCAGGACCCGGAUGUAAGUGGCCCGCUGAGCAGCCAGAGCGAGGCUGAAGGGAAGCCCCAGUCCAGGCCCAGAGGGCGAGCGGGUGGCUGCCUGACAGGCUGUGGCCGGCGGGCAAGCAGGAAGCGAAGGGAGCUUGGGUGUCUCCUUGGGCGGGCGAGGAGGGGGCUUGGGGAGGGCUGGGCGCCUGGGUGGGCUGCUGAGCAAGCUGGGGUGUCAGAGGUGGCGGGUGCUGCUGGAGCUUUGGGCACGUCGGGGAAGCGGGGUUGUGUUGGCAGUAGGAAGGGGCCUUAACUGCGGGGUAGACAGGAACGAGGGGAGCACAGGAUAAAAGGUCCCGGGAAGGGAGAGGCAGGCCCAAGAGCAUCGCAGCCCCCUGUCUCCAGUGCCUCUCCUGGGAAGCAGAACUCCCCGGCCAGUGUGGCGGGCACUGUCAAGGAUUUGAGGUUCUGCAGGCUCGCUGUGUCCCUGUGUUGCCGAAUUCCUACAGCUGGAAAGGGGCAGCCAGGAAGUGGAUUUGAGUGGGGUGAAGGGGCCUUCCUACAAAGUGCCACCGCAGUUUGUUUACAAGAGUGAGAUGUUCGUCUUGCCCAGCUAAUUCCCUUUGUUUGCGCUCUACCUGUGGAGGAGGAAGAAAAAGGGCAAACAGUUGUGUCAAGAGGAGGGUCGCCACCCAAGGCUCUCCCAGGCACUGGCGUUGCAGCCAUUUGGUAUCUGCAGUUCUCUGUGUCACAGACUUGAGGAUGGCGGCCAAUAUAGGCGACCAGCGUGCCUCGGAAUGGGCUUCCCAGUAUAACCUGGGCAACGGAAGCACCAGAGAGAACGGAAUGGAAGGCCCAAUGCAUGAGAACCCUGAAUGGGAGAAGGCCCGUCAAGCGCUGGCUAGCAUUAGCAAGGCCAGUGCUGCUGCUUCCGGCAACAGUAAAGGUGCCACUAAUGGGCCAGCUAAUGCACAGUACACAGCCCAGCAAGGAGAAUCCUUACAGCAGCAGCAGCAGCAGCAGCAGCAGUACUAUCAGUGGUAUCAGCAGUACAGCUACCUCUACCCCUAUAACUACUAUUACCCUAUGCAGAAUGUCUAUCCUGGGUACAGCUCCCCUGGACAAUAUGGUGUCCCAGGCUCUUACUCUUCUUCAACACCGCAGCAGCCUCCAGCUCCUGGGCAGCACCAAGGGAACAUGAAUCAGCCUCCUGUCCCUGGCAUGGAAGAUGGAGGGAUGUCUUAUUCAAGCCAGCAGCAGCAGAUGCCAGUCCCCAACCCACCACAGCCCCCUAUGCAACACCCAAGCCAUCCCUCGCAGCACAGCAACCACCCCAUGGGUUCAGGGGGACAACAGCAGCAAGGAGGGCCACCUGGAGGCCCUCACUCCCAAUCUAACCAGUCAGCUGCCUCCUACAGCCAGCAGCAGCAUUCUUACCAGGAUGGAGCUAAGCCCAAGAAAGGACAGCAGCUAUGGAACCGCAUGAAACAAGCACCUGGGUCUGGUGGUCUGAAAUUCAACCUUCCAAAACGCCCCUUUGUGGUAACGAAUCAGAACUUCAACUCAGAGCAGCAGCAUAGUAAUUUUGGUUCCCAGCAGAAUUCUGAGAAACGCCAUAAUCACAGCUCUUCGGGUAAGCCAGAAGACUGGCCACAGGACAUGAAGGAAUAUGUCCAGCGUUGCUUCACAGCCUGCGAGUCAGAAGAAGACAAAGACCGCACUGAAAAGCUGCUCAAGGAAGUGCUGCAGGCCCGGCUGCAGGAUGGCACUGCCUACACAAUUGAUUGGAGCAGGGAGCCACUUCCAGGUUUGGGCCGAGAAAACAUGGCGGAAAGCCCCAAGAAGAAACAGCAGCGCUGGGAGGUGCCCUCUCUUCACUCCCCCCGGGCCUCCAUGCAGUCCAGCCUUUCUCAGCAGCAACAGCGGGGUGGCGGUGGCGGCGCUCAGCCUCAGCGAGGCGGAGGCAGUGCAGGAGCUGGGGCUGGUCGUGCCCGUGGGAAUGGCUUCCCCACCAAGUUUGGAAAUCGCAAUGUUUUCAUGAAGGAGAACAGCUCCUCCUCAAGUGUUGACUCGCGCUCCAGGUCCCGAUCCUCAUCACGGUCACCCAGCCGCCACUUCCGGCGGAGUGAUUCAGAUUCUGACAGUUCCUAUUCGGGCAAUGAGUGUCGCUUAGGUGGCCGUAGGAACACACAGAAGAACCGGGGCCGUGGAGGCCACAUGGACAGAGGCCGGAUGAGAGCACAGCGAGGGAAAAGGCAUGAUCAGGGCCCUUCCAAGCGCAACAGAAAGCGCAACACUAUGGACUAUGAAGAUCCUGAAAAGGAGUUUAAAAAGGAGCGGCGGGCAGCCCGCUUCCAACAUGGGGGCCACUCCAAAAAGCUGCGCUUGGAGCCCCUCAUCCUGCAGAUCAACAGCCUGGACACCACUGGCUCUGAUGGCCUGGACUGGAAUGAGCUGAAGAUUGUGGGCACCUGCCAAGAGAUCACCAAGCAUUACCUGCGCCUCACCUGUGCGCCAGAUCCCUCAACUGUCCGGCCCGUCUCAGUGCUUAAAAAAUCUUUAACCAUGGUGAAAUCCCACUGGAAAGAGAAGCAAGAUUAUGCUUAUGCUUGUGAGCAGAUGAAAUCUAUUCGGCAGGACCUCACGGUUCAGGGAAUUCGUACAGAAUUCACUGUGGAGGUAUAUGAAACCCAUGCCAGGAUAGCACUGGAGAAGGGCGACCAUGAGGAGUUCAACCAGUGCCAGACACAGCUUAAGUCCCUGUAUGCAGAGAACCUUCCUGGAAAUGUUGGAGAAUUCACUGCUUACCGCAUCCUCUACUACAUUUUCACCAAGAACUCAGGGGACAUCACCACCGAGCUGGCGUACUUGACCAAGGAGAUGAAAGCAGACCCCUGCGUGGCCCAUGCGCUUGCCCUGCGAGCUGCCUGGGCCCUGUCCAACUACCACCGCUUCUUCUGCCUGUACCGCCAGGCACCCUGCAUGUCCGGCUACCUCAUUGACAAGUUUGCAGAGCGGGAGAGGAAAACAGCCCUCAAAGCCAUGAUCAAAACGUAUGUGAGGUUGAACCAAGCACUUGUGGGGUGAAGGGGGAGGCUCCCUCGCAUGCUUGCCUACAUCUCAUCCCUGCCUCAACGCUGUUGUGGGUGGCAAAGAGAGAAGCUAGUAACCUGUAGAGGGAGGUGGGUGAAGGGAAUGUUUCCACAGGCUUAGUGUAGAUGGCCAUGCCCUUUGCCAGGUAAGUAGAGUAACCAUAUUCUAAGGCCAUCAUAGUUAGGGGUUUUAAAAAAAUAAAUUUAUUUAUAUAAAUAUAUUUUUAAUAAUCUUUAAGUGAACUUAAGAGUAUUUCUGGUGGGCCCCCAGAAAUAUGUUAAUAUAUUUAUGAAUGAUAAAUAUUUCUGGGGCCUCACCAGAAAUACUCUUUAAGCUCACUUAAAGAUUCAAGUAAAUUUUCACAUAGAGGUUUUAAUUCAGAAGUGCUAGUCUAUAAGUUAUCUUGGUAGUUAGGAAAUGUACAGUUGAAGCUCUAUUUGGGAGCAUGAGGGAAUCAAGAGCUGCCCCACUUUUAUUUUUAUUUUAAAAGACACCUUGGAAAGAGCUAUCAGAUAAUGAUUAGCAGAGUAGAGGUUGGUGUGUGCUGCUGCUGCUGCUCCCUCUGUUGUUGCAUCCUGCUCUUGGAAAAGGAGGAUGAAAGAGAGGCAGGGCUAAGAGGAGGAAUUGUUUCCUCUUCUUAUUACCACCUCCCCCAAGCUUCUUGAUCCAUCUGAGGAGAUCUAAGCAUGAUAGGAGCCUUGAGCACACUUGCCCCCUUCUGAAUCUGGAAGCACAGGCCAAAACUCUCAUAUACAUGGGAGCAUGGGUGCUGCCUACACAACACUGCUUUCCAUCAUGUGCUUAGAUGAGCAUCCUGAUGGAGAUUCCUUGAAACCAGUGCAGAUAGACAGCAUGAGUGUUUAGAAGUGCAUCUGAUUUACAUUGUGGUUCUCUAAACUGCAAAGGGGCAUUCUGUCUUCAGAGACCCCCUCCAGCCCUGCCUCUUCCCCAAUCUUGGUGCCCAGCACAUUCACACAAGGGGAAUCCACUUUACAAAUAAGCAAAGUGAUAUUAAGCCCUAAUAAGGUCAAGGUACUGCACAAAGACACAGCCCUGUCUGAAAGCUGACAAAGGACUUUGGUAGUCGGACCAGGCCAGCAGCACUGGUGCAGAAAUGGCCUCUUGGACAGGGACAGUGAGAGACCAAUAGACAGGAAGCAAAUAAGACUCCUGCACAAAGUGCUACCAAGUAUUCUGUUGUGCUGUGUCCGGCAAAAGGUGCCAAGAGGACAAAAGUGCAGGAAAGAGCUUUGGUUGAGAGCUGUUGCUUUACCCUCAGGGAGGUUGAGGUCAACGGCGUGGGGGAGUGGAAUUGGGAAAGAGGAUUGCUCCAAGGCAUUCUAGGACUGGGGACAUUCCAGUAGGUGUAGCUUGAUGUUGGUGCUUAGGCCCCUCUGCCCUUCCCUACUCCUCUGCCAAGGCUGCAGUUAGUAGCUGAACUGAUAUCAUGAGUGUGUAUUGGUUGGUGGGGCAGGGGAGAUAAUAUUGAAUCCUCUUUUGGUUGCACAUGACUUUUUGCGAGAGGGAGAGCCAUAGUAGUUUGCCAAUUGGGGGGAAACGAUGUACAAUCAAUCACUACAAACUGAAAGGAAAAGUCCUCCAACUUUCUCCUCUUCCCCCUUUCCCAGAUAAAGUGGUGUUCAGAGGGAGGGAGGAAACAGAGUUGUAUGCCUAGCAUUUGUCCUCCAGGAGGCCAAAAUCCUGGAAUCUUCCCUGGUUAAUUCAAGGGCAAACUAGGCUUGCAGAUAAGUCUGUCACUGACUACCUGCAAUCAUUGGAAUUGCAAGCUUUACUUGAUUAGUGUAUUGUAUAGGCAGAACAUUCUCUUCCCUGACGCCUUUCCCCAAAUCCUCUUUCUGUGGUACAGUCACUCUGGACAACUGGAAACCAUAGCAAAUCCACUCCGUCAGUGGAGGAAGGUGCCUUUUGCCUCAAGCAGGGCAGUUCUCUCCCUCUGAAGGCAGCACCAUCUGAACUCCUAAGCUUGCCCCUUGCAGGUGGGUGCAUGGAUACGCACCCAGUUCUGGCUCUGCAGUGACAGGGUUAGAGGAGUUUCUGCUCCUUCAUUGCAGACCUUGUUGAGAUACAACAUUGGCUUCCCAAGAUGGCUUACAUAAGAACAGCCCUGCUGGAUUAGGCCCAUCCAGCAUCCUGUUUCACACAGUGGCCUACUAGAUGCCUCUGGGUCUGCCAUACAGUAGCACUGAACAUGCAGAGAAGCAUUUCUAAGUUUGGAGAGUGCUUGCUAGUUAAUGCAAAAUCAACAAGUCAGUUUUGACUCCUGGCGCCCACAGAGCCCUGUGGUUUUCUUUUGGUAGAAUACAGGAGGGGUUUACCAUUGCUUCCUCCCGCGCAGUAUGAAAUGAUGCCUUUCAGCAUCUUCCUAUGUUGUUGCUGCCCGAUAUAGAAGCAGCAGGGAUUUGAACCAGCAACCUUCUGCUUGUUAGUCAAGCAUUUUCCCACUGCGCCAUUGUUAGUUAAGGCACUGUUAAUUCCAACCUGCUCCAAGCAGUGCUUUCCCUUUUCCUUUCACCAGGUAUCUUCAGUACUACUACACUAAUAUGCAGAAAUGUGGUGCUUUGUCAUUCUUGACCUUGACAUUUUUGUAGAGGUUGUGAGAGCCACCUAAAGAGCAUUGUGGCCACAGUUGCACAGAAGCAGGCUUCAGAAUGCCUGCAGAUGGGUAGGUGAUUCAGUGUUUGCAAGCAGCCCCACAUAUCUGGAAUUACGGGGGGAAAUGGAGUGUGUCACAACUUCUGGAUAAGUUUGAAUACUUCCAAAUUUGCAAAUUAAGGAUCACCAUUAGAAAGCAUCCUAUAGUCCCUUUCAAACUCAACUAAACAACCAUACGGACUAAGAACUUUUUUUAAAAGCACUACCGAGUGAAGAUGUUCUCAUAAUUCAUGAUGUUGCCAGGGUAACCAGUGGUAACUGAUUGCAUACUAGGAGGAUUAUUCAGUUUGUCGUCUUAGCCUGCCUUUCAUCUGUUGCCUUUUCCCAUUCACCAGUAUCUCUUUUUAUCUCCCUCAGUUUCCGCCCGGUGCUUCCCGUCUCCUACGUUGUGUCAGAGCUGGCCUUCGAGAGCGAGGAGGAGUGCCAAGCCUUCCUCGCAGCUCUGUCCCUUGUGUAUACUAGCCCCGACGCCACCAAGAUUGACUGCAAGCAGAGC